AUUUGUACCGGAAAGAGAAGCUACGAUGUCGCAUUUUAGGAAAUGAGCUGAGCCUUUACUUUGCUCAUGAAAAGCAGACGCUUCCGGUGUUAGCACGAGUGUGCUAACACGAGCUGUGUUUUUCUCUUACCUGAACGAAGGUGGUCUUUCCGGAUCCGGCCAUGCCGAGCACGAGUAGACACACAGCUUUCUGGUCGUCACAUUUCACCUCCUCCUUGCUUUUCGCCUCCAUUACGUCGGCGAUGCGUUCCCUAGUGUCCGCCAUCCCUCGGCGUGUGCCAAGUUAAAAGGCGGCCCAGUGUCGAAAACUGCCUGCUGCUCUUGCCCGCAUGGAUAUUCCGCUGUGCGCAUGCGCAACGGCCGGGCGUCUUUGAUGGCGAAAAGAUGGCGGCGUUAGUACUAGCGGCCAUCUUUAAGCAGUGGACGUCUUAGGCGGGCUGGUUCUGAUGAAGCCAACCUUAGUAAGUCUAGGUCGCGAUGAGCUGGCUCCUGAAAAUGCUUCCCCGGCCCCCUGAGACCCAACCGGGGGACCCUCAACAGGACCAGUCCAAAUGGGAAGAGGCGGCGACGACGAGCAGGGAGCGCCCGGUGCUUCGUGCGCCUGUUAUCAGUGUGGAGAGCGGUGCCAAGGAAGAGGCGACGCCCCACACCGAGCGUCAGGACGCAGCCGUGCCGGCUGUUGUUACGGGUUGGCUCGUCGACAGCCUCUGGCGCUUGUUGCCACGGCCGAAGCAGGAAGCGGACAGCAGUGCGCCGGAGUCCAUCCAGGGGAAGAGCGAGCUGCGGUCGGAUGCAAAGCGCCCCACUGAGAAAGAGCAGAAGGACCAGGUGGCGGACGAGCGUUGGCUUCCUCCGAUGGAGAUGAAGGAGGUCGAGAAGGACGCCAGCCAGGCGCUUCUGGCUCACGUGGAGGGAAGACUGCGACGAGAGCGCCUGGAAGCUGCCCGUGCGGCUGAAGACGCUGCCAGAAGGGCGGCGCGGGAAGCCAUCCGACAGUUGGAGGCAGAACACUCGGCCGCCGACACCCGAUGUCUGGCCGACGAGUCCCACGAGCAACUUCCUAACAUCCUGGAAGAGGAAAACGAGGACCAGUCCGACAGGCCCUCGCCUGAAGGUGGGGCUGAGGCACAGGCAACCGACACGCUUGGCGAGAUGACGGUUCAAAGAGGAGCAGAGGUUGCAGAAGAAGGCGCAGAACCGGAAGCUGAAAAGGUUGCGGCCGUCCCCAAGACGACGGCGACACCGGGCUGCGCCUCUACGCUGACUGUCGGUGAUACCGCUCUGUCAAAACUCAGCGGAAGCGCCGGUCUCUCAGAAGAUGAGGAGGAAGAUGACAGGUCGACGAGAGAACGGCUCGCAGCGCCGUCCGGUCUGGGAGACACACUGAUCACAGACGGCCGUCCGGCGUCGGCAGCUAGCGUCGGCAGCGUGGUGAUCCAAGACCGCCUCAGCCAGCUCGUCCGGCUCUUCAAAGGUCGGACGGAACGUCACAAAGACCGUCUGAUCGACCCGGACGAGUCGGAGCAAGAAAGUCCCCCCUCCUCUCCUAACAAAGCUCUGCUGCCUCCGGCUGCAGAAGAAAAGACGGAUGCUCCCGCUAGUGGAAAGAAAGAAACAGAAGAAGAGGCGUCCUUACACUUUCAACUUCUGGGAUAUGAUAUUCAAAUUCCUAAACUUCCCAACAUGCCCAAAUGGCUCCGAGUCAUUGGGGACUUCCGCUUCCCCUCCAGCAUGGACCCAUUCACUGACCCACUCUACGUGCUGUGGCUGUUCCUGGUGGUGGCGGCAUGGAACUGGAAUGUUUGGCUGAUCCCCGUCCGCUGGGCCUUUCCCUACCAGACCCCGGAGAACCGCCACUUGUGGCUCCUGGCCGACUACACCUGCGACCUCAUCUACAUUGCAGACAUUCUGGUCUUCCAGCCCCGCCUGCAGUUUGUCCGUGGGGGAGACAUCGUGUGUGAGACAAAAGCCAUGAGAGAAAACUACAUGAGCACCGAGAGGUUCAAGAUGGAUGUAGCCAGUCUGUUUCCUUUGGAGAUCUUUUACUACUGGACUGGGGUCAACUCUCUGCUACGAUUCCCUCGUCUGCUCAAGUACCAUGUUUUCUUCGAGUUCAACGACAGAAUGGAGGCGGUGAUGAAGAAGGCCUAUAUCUACAGGGUGAUCCGGACCUCCACCUACCUACUUUACUCGUUGCACAUCAACGCGUGCCUCUUCUAUUGGGGCUCCGACUACCAAGGCCUGGGCUCCACCAAGUGGGUCUACGACGGCAAAGGCAACGCCUACGUGCGCUGCUACUACUUCGCGGUGAAGACGCUGAUCACCAUCGGCGGCCUUCCGGACCCGACCACUGUCUUUGAGAUCUGCUUCCAGCUCCUCAACUAUUUUGUGGGCGUCUUUGCAUUCUCCAUCAUGAUCGGACAAAUGAGGGACGUGGUGGGGGCGGCUACGGCGGGGGAGAACUACUACCGCGCAUGCAUGGACGCCACCUCCAAGUACAUGAACUUGUACAACAUCCCCAAGCCCGUGCAGAACCGCAUCAAGACAUGGUACGACUACACAUGGAAGAGCCAAGGCAUGCUGGACGAGCAGGAGUUGCUGGUGCAGCUUCCCGCCAAGAUGAGACUGGACAUGGCCGUGGACGUCAACUAUGCCAUCGUGAGCAAGGUGGCGCUCUUCCAGGGCUGUGAUCGUCAGAUGGUCUUCGACAUGCUGACCAGACUCAAAUCAGUCGUCUACCUGCCGGGAGACUUUGUCUGCAAGAAGGGUGAGAUCGGCAGGGAGAUGUACAUCAUCAAGCAGGGCGAAGUGCAAGUAGUGGGCGGUCCGGACCUUCAGACUGUUUUCGUAACCAUUAGGGCCGGUUCCGUCUUUGGCGAGAUAAGUUUGUUGGCAGGUGGCGGAGGGAACCGGCGCACAGCCAAUGUGAAGGCGCAUGGUUUCGCCAACCUGUUUAUCCUGGACAAGAAGGACCUGGCAGACAUCCUGCUCCAUUAUCCCGAGUCCCAGAAACUUCUGCGCAAGAAGGCCAAGAGCAUGCUGUCCAAGGACCAGAAGCCGGAGGAAAAGGGAGGCGGCGAAGCCGGCGGGCGGGUGAUUCCGGUCCGACCCGACACACCAAAAAUGUUCAAAGCAGCGCUGAAGGUGACCACUCAGGCGGGAAUGGCCGGGACCUUUGCCAAACUUAGCCAGAGCUACGGACAGCCUGGCCAACAGGCUCCGCCCUCUCCUCAAGCAGCAGGUGGCCAGCCCUUCGUCACCGUCACCACGCCCAAGGAAGAGGGGGAGCUCGGCUCGGUGGAUGGCGCAAAGGAAAAGAUGGAUGCCUAGUAAAAGGCUUAAAAAAAGAAUCAGCCAUUGAAUUAAGACUAUCACUCGCGGAUUGUUUUUAAUCAGACACCCACCGCCAGCUUUGAGACUAGAGUGGAAAGUAAUUUCUCAUGUUACUGCAACUAAGUAGAUUUGUUUUUACUUGCCAUUUUAAGAUUUUUUUUUUUUAAUGAGUCAUUUUAGUUGUAUUUGUUCCCUUUGCGGAUUGUACCUUUUUAAAUCUGAAAUAUCUGCAAUGACAAUAAACGGCUACUGUAAAUUUUAUUG